UCCCCUGCCAAUCUCGCCGAGCUCCAUCCACAGAGUAGUAGCCAGCAUGGCGGAGGGGCUUGGUUCCGUGCCGGAGGAGAGCGCCACGGGCUUCACGGCUCCCAUCCGGCCGGCCAACACCUACCGCGACCGGAUCCGGUCAGUCCCCGUGCGCGGAGCGCCCAUAAGAUGGAAUAUCUUGCCCCUUUCCCAGUCCGGCCAUAACGGAUCCAGCUACUCAAGCUCGGGUGCCUCUAAUUCCUGCCCAUCCAAUAACUCCGGCAGCUCCGGCGGAGCCGCUCCGGUGUUCGCCGCCUUAGAGGAGAAUGAUGUGCUCAUGAAGAUCGCUCACCAAAUGGUCAACGACGAGUACGUCUGGCACAUGGUCCAAGCAUUCGCGGACGCAUCUCCUGCACCAGCACUCAAAUUCGGUGGUAGCCCGGACCAUGCCCUGAAAAAUUGGUUCUCCGAGCUCGACGUCGACUGGGUUCUCCAAAUCCACGACGAGCAUGGCUUACGGCGGCUGCUCCGAGACAAGCCGGAGACGACGACGCAAGACUUGGUUGAGAAAUGGAUCCGGGCUCUUAUCGUAAUUACCGCCAGCAUCACCAAGUUGGUAUGUGCCUUCCCCCACCGGGCGACGGCGGUCGCGCUGUUUGGCAAAGCGAGCAUCACCAAGUUGCUCGACGUCGUGGAUGUCAUCAUCACCGUUCUCGAAACGGAGAAGCUACGCGCCGUGCUUGACAUGUUUACCUGUGUCUGUGGUGUGUCGCACAUAUUUACGCCGGUCCUGAUCUCUCCAAAACACCCAAGCGUUUUGAACGAGUUAGGCGGCAUGUUAGAAAGGCAAGGAAACAGGCUGAGCGAGGUCAUAUCAAGCACGAUGGAGGAGGUGAGGAAACUCGUGGAGGAAGAUGACUCAUGGGCUAUCGAGAUCCUGCGAGGAGGAGGCGAGGUUCACAACAACACUCGGUUCAUCAUGGAUUGCAUAGUAUCCAUGUCGAAUGCGUGGACUUCAAUGGGAAGCCCUGCACUGAGAUGCAAUUUUGGAAACCUUGAUAGCCUGAUCUAUCGCACAAUCGGCUAUCUCAAGGGUCUGCUUUACACAAAAUCGGGGUCAUGCUCGGAUCAAAGCCUCCGGUAUCUGUUUCUGCUCAAUAAUUCAUAUUUCAUAGCUCAUGUGUUCUCUCAGUCAUCAGGAUCUUUCAAUCCUCUGAUGUCGAACCUCCUGACACUUAAAUUGGCACCUGCAUCUGAGUGUAGGAAGUACAUGGAUAGUUAUCUCGAUGUUUCAUGGGGACAUGUGCUCUCUUGCAUACCAAAAUCGAGAUUUCCUGGACCCAUCCAUCGUUGGAUCAACACCUCUUCACUGGUGAAAUUCGAGUCAGCAUUUCACAAAACGUACCAGACUCAGAAGUUGUGGAAGGUUCCGGACCCUGAGCUUAGAGAUGCGCUGCGGAUGGCUAUUACCGAAAGAGUCAUUUCAGGUUACCGUGACUACCUGGAGGAGCAUCCGGAGCUAGGGAAACACGUUGGCUGCCAAAGCAGCAGUCCUGAAGUUUUGGAGGGGAUGUUGGGAGAGCUAUUUGAAGGAUGAAAACUGCUCGAUUUAUGAAACAGGGUCACCCGACAAAUCAGAGGCCAGAGUAAUGUUUCAUCGUUGUAUUUGAAUUAUUAUUAUUUUUUCCUUCUGAAAUGAACUUGUACUCUGAAUUUCGUUGGUAGCUUAAUAAGCGCCAGAUACUGUAUUAACUGGGCACCGGCCGCGCUUGUGCUUUCAAUUGAUUUCGUGAAUCUGGAACAAAUAC